CGGUCCUAAGUCACUUUUUUCAGUGAUGUUGUAAUUUUCAACAGUUAUUAAAUGAACUGUUGUAAGUCGAGGACUGCUUCUAUUGGUUGUUGCAUGCUGCCCAGUCUUUUUGGGGUGGGGCAGCUAUAAUAUAUUCAUCUUCAUAAUAGGAAUGCCAGUGCAUUUGAAAGAUUGUAUUUUGACUGACUGUUGCUUCAGAUACCCCUUGGCGCCAGAGCACCCCUAUCCAGCUCAACAACUCAGCUGCUACACUGCCGUAUCACAUUUUCUGAAGAAUGCGCAGGACUACGGGGUGGACCCGAAACGGAUCGUGCUGGCUGGCGACAGCAGCGGAGGCACACUUGUUGCCAGCACUGCUCAGCAACUUCUGAUGACAAAGGACCUGCCACAGCCCCGGGCCCACAUACUAAUCUAUCCUUUCCUACAAGGCCUGGAUUUAAAUUUACCUUCUUACCAGCAAAACCAGUUUAUUCCCCUCUUAGUCAAGAAAGAGGCUGUUCGUCUUGCCACAGUUUAUCUGUCGGGAACUGAUGCCGGGGUCAAUGAAAUUAUGGCCAAUGCUCAUGUCCCGCAGGAACUCAUGGCAAAGUAUCAGAAAUGGAUCAGUGCGGAACAUAUUCCGGAGGAAUUUAAAGGCCGGGGUUACGUGCCGUUUGUACCUGGUCCGUUUUCAGAAGAUCUUUUCCAAAAAUACAAAACAGUUUUCGACCCCAUAUUUUCCCCACUCCUGGCGGAAGAUGCCGUCAUCCAGCAGUUUCCAGAGACUUUCCUCUUAACCUGCGAAUAUGACAUUUUCCGAGAUGAUGGCUUGCUCUAUAAGAAGAGGCUGGAAGACAAUGGUGUCCCUGUCACCUGGCUUCACCUCAAGGACGGAUUCCAUGGGAUCACCUCGCUGAUAGAUAUGGGGUCAAUCCAGUUUCCAAGUACGAGGAAGAGUAUGAAUAGUGUAAUCCAAUUCCUAGAACGAUUCUAGAAAUCAAACAGCCUCGUUCCUCUUCCUUGUUCAUCUAGCCCUUGCCUUACAGAUCUGGAUCUGAAGAGGUUAUACCCUAUAAUUUCAUUCAUCUGUCCUGCUUAACUGACCUGAAGAUGGUCCACCAACCCUUUGAAGAGACACAUCCUUGCCCUCUCCAGCUCGUUCAUAGCCCACCACUCAGGUAGCCUGGUGUCAGGCUGUGCAGGAAACGGUGGUUUUCCCUCUUACCCAAAAAAGAGAAUUUCCCAUAUGACAGUCUAAGUGGCACCGAGGAACCAUUGGGAGAGUGGCCAGACGUCUAACUUUUGCGCUCUCCUCCUCCCUAUAGUCAGGACAGUGGUCUUUGGAAUAUCAAACUUGUGGAGAAUGUUGAACAUGACAGCACAAGGAAACAACAGCCCAUCACCAGCCAUCAACACCCCAAUGAACCAAUAGGAAGGCAUCACAUAAUUGCGACUCACAGAAUGGCCCAAAGUGCAUAUAGGUAGUCCUCGACUAACGAUAACAAUUGAGCCCAAAAUUUCUGUUGCUAAGUGAAUUUGCCUCAUUU